GCAGGGUCUCCAUGGGGCCCAGCCUGGAAGGGGCGCCCCAUAGGGAACCGCCGCCCUCCGCCCCGCCUCGGCCGGGGCCCCCUCGCGUCCCCCGGGCUCCCCUCCGCCAUUCCCACCCGCCCGGCCGCUCGCCCGCCGCCCCGCAACGGAGGAUGGCCGCGGAUUCUCCCUCGCCGCCCCGGAGGAGCUCACCUGCCGCCGCUGCUGCCUCGUCCAGGUCCCGCCGGAAAAAGGAACGCCGGAAGUGGAGGACGCGGCUAUGUGCGCUUGCGCGACCCAGCCCCGCCGGAAAUGGAGGAAACAUAGAGACGCCGCUUCCCAGAGAGGCCGGAUGUGAUUGUCCCGACCCGGAAGUUGUCAUUUCCGGCUCUGACACAGCGAUGGCGGCGGCGGUGAUGCCGGUUCCCCGCGCGGAGCUGAAGCUGGUGCGGCUGCUGAGCCGCUGCGAGGCGCUGGCGGCCGACCGGCGCGGGCCGGACGAGUGGCGCCUGGAGAAGUACGUCUCUGCUCUGGAAGAGAUGCUCCUUGACCUCCAGAAACACUCCAGCAAACCUGCUCCCGAGGUGCUGAACGAAUAUUCCCGCAAGGUGGAUUUCCUGAAGGGGCUGCUGGAAGCAGACAAGCUGUUGUCGUCUUCCGAAAAGGCCCUGGCCAACCAGUUCCUGGCCCCCGGGAGGACCCCAACCACCACCAAGGAGAGGACGCCAGCCACCAAGACGGUGCAUCUACAGACCAAGGCCCGCUACACGGGAGAGAUGAGGAAUGAGCUUCUUGAUCUGGAGGAGACGAGCCUGAGAAAACGCACGGGCCCCCUCCCAGACGAGAAACAGUCGGCUGCUGAGCUGGACGCCGUCCUGCAACACCACCACAGCAUCCAGGAGAAGCUGGCCGAGGAGAUGCUCCACCUGGCGCGCAACCUCAAGAACAACACUCUGGUGGCGCAGAACGUGAUCAAGCAAGACAACCAGACUCUGUCCCACUCGCUCAAGCUGGCCGACCACAACUUUGAGAAGCUGAAGGACGAGUCGGACCGCCUGGAGCAGCACGCCAAGAAGUCCGUCAACUGGCUCCUCUGGCUGAUGCUCAUCGUCGUCUGCUUCAUCUUCAUCAGCAUGAUCCUCUUCAUCCGCAUCUUCCCCAAGCUCAGGUGAUUCCUCAGGCCGCGGGCGGCAACCUGGCGACUCCUCGGUUCACCUCACGCCGUUGCCCACAAAGUCCGAGGCCCCCCGGUGCUUCCCUGACGGGGUCUCUGAAGACACUCGCUGGAAGGGAGCUCCUGGCGCUUCUCUGAUGGAGUCUCUGAAGACACUCGCUGGAAGGGAGCUCCUGGUGCUUCUCUGACGGAGUCUCUGAAGACACUCGCUGGAAGGGAGCUCCUGGUGCUUCUCUGAUGGAGUCUCUGAAGACACUCGCUGGAAGGGAGCUCCUGGCGCUUCUCUGACGGAGUCUCUGAAGACACUCGCUGGAAGGGAGCUCCUGGCGCUUCUCUGACGGAGUCUCUGAAGACACUCGCUGGAAGGGAGCUCCUGGUGCUUCUCUGAUGGAGUCUCUGAAGACACUCGCUGGAAGGGAGCUCCUGGCGCUUCUCUGAUGGAGUCUCUGAAGACACUCGCUGGAAGGGAGCUCCUGGCGCUUCUCUGACGGAGUCUCUGAAGACACUCGCUGGAAGGGAGCUCCUGGCACUUCUCUGAUGGAGUCUCUGAAGACACUCGCUGGAAGGGAGCUCCUGGCGCUUCUCUGAUGGAGUCUCUGAAGACACUCGCUGGAAGGGAGCUCCUGGUGCUUCUCUGAUGGAGUCUCUGAAGACACUCGCUGGAAGGGAGCUGCUCUGGGAGAAAACGUCCUGCCUGCUUAUAAGGUUGACAGUGGGGAGGCUCCUUCAGCUCAUAAGCCGGGCCUGAACAGGGAGAGCAGUCGGGGGUUCAAGCCGUUUGGGACCUGGGUAUGGGUUGCUUCCAAGAGCCUGGUUUCCCCAGGCAGAGGCGGAGUUGCCAGACCAGGCCCAGUCUCUGUUGCAUGCGGGGGGCAGUGGGGGAAUCCGACAGGAACAUUUCUUCUUCCUCCUGACUGCUACCUUUCCACCUGCAGGGAACCGAGUCCCUGUUUGGAUGAGGGUGGCCAUUCUGUCAUCGUGUAAAGCCCCCUGUAUCCCCCCCCAAAAAAGUGCACCGUCACAGCUCAGCUACCAUUUGGGGACGGCCUGGAAGGAGGAAUACGAGGACGUUGGGGUUUCGUUUACCUCUAAUGAGGUUCUGCCGCCUGUAGAGGAAAACCAGGACUCUGGAGCUGGGGGAUUCUUGGCCGACGAGUUGGGGCAGGUUGGUGUGGGGGGGGGGAGAAAUCACCUAUCCUGUUCUUCUCCCCCCAAAGCCCCAGGUCCUAAACAUUCAGGUAUAAGGACUCCACCAGCGUUCGCUCUUCUUUCCCAGCCAAAAAGGAAAAUACAACUUUGGGGGGGGGUGUUGGCCACAGUUCUUACGUCUGCAUGUUAGACUGUAUGUGCCACAGCGACCGCAGGGGGAACGAGGGGAAGAGGGCUGUCGGAGGCACCUCGCCAUUUCGAGAGCAAAGGCGCCCCCACCUUGCAGCGGCGGUGAAUCACCUGCAGAAAGAGGCGCCAGUGGGGGCCUCGUCCCACCGCUUGCCAAGCGCACACCUUCAGCUUGGGAGGUGGGCCAGGAGAGGCGCAGUCCCCCGAGGGGGAGAGGCCCUGCCUUGGCCGCCCAAACGUCGGGGCUCUGCGUCGCCCCCACUUCCCUGCGCCAGAGCGAUGAGCCUCUG